AUGUGCUUUGCACUAAGCCUACACAAAUACAAUGCAGAACAUUUUUCAGAAAGUCUGUUACUAGCAAACGAUUUAAAGAAGAACAUGAAUCCUAAAAAAGUGCAUGAAGUUGAGAGAAUGGCAAAAUUUAUUGACAUGAAAUGCAAAGAAUUGGAUUGCAAAUAUAUCAUUGACAUUGGAUCAGGAAUGGGUUACCUAGGUUUUGUAAUGACUAAGCUACUUGAUUACAAGGUAUUAGGCAUUGAAAUCAGUGAAAAAAUGUCUAGAAAAACGAAUGCCAGGGCUGAAAAUGGGGAGUCAGGCAUACCAGACAUGUGUUUGGUAGGGCUACAUUGCUGUGGCGAUUUAUCUGUAUCUACCAUCAAAACAUUUUGUCAACUGAAAAGCAUCAAACUGUUGCUGCUCUUUUCAUGUUGUUAUCAUUCUAUGAAGCAAAAUGAUGAUAGAACGUUUGAAAAUUUUCCAUUGAGCAGUGAUUUUAAGUUUCUAAAUCAACACUACUGCCUCAACCUGUACAGUUUCAGAUUGGCUGCUCAACAAACAAGAUCCUCCUGGAAGCUACAAACUUCAAAUGACCACCAUCUACACAUGCUGAAUGUUGGCUACCGUUCAAUUUUGGAACUAGCAUGUCAUAAAUACGGCUUGGCCUUCAAGAAGAAUCAUCGAAAGUUGACAAAAAUUUGCAAUAAUACUUCAUUUCCAGAUUAUCUAAACAGCAUUUGCUCGAGAUCCACACUUACAAUAGAUCACAGUGCCAUGAAUAAGAUUUUAGCCUUAUAUCAGACAUGCCACCCAGUCAUGAAGCUCAUUGAACCAUUCACGAUGUUACAAGUCAUGUUUCAACCGAUCAUAGAGCUCUUGAUAUUGGAGGAUAGGUGCAGAUAUGUUAAAGAACAGGGGUUUAACUGCAAGGUUGUGCAGGUCUUUGAUGAUCAAGUGUCGUCAAGAAACUGCGCCAUCUUAGCUCACAAAUGA